AUGGAUACACUGCUGGCAAAGGGUUAUGCCAUUGAAGUUCCUGCAGACGAGAUUACUUGCCAACCUGGACGCGUCUGGUAUCUGCCACACCAUGGAGUGUAUCAUCCGAAAAAGCUGAACAAGAUCAGAGUGGUCUUUGACUGUAGCGCCAAGUAUGGAGGUUUAUCAAUCAAUGAUGUUCUUCUACAAGGCCCCGAUCUUGCCAAUUCUCUCAUUGGUGUUUUAGCUCGUUUCAGAUCAGACCAAGUUGCCUUCAUGGGAGAUGUAGAGGCCAUGUUUCAUCAAGUCAAGGUUCCACGGGAGCACCAGGACUAUCUACGGUUUCUGUGGUGGCCUGAUGGUAAUGUUCAUAGUGAGCUGAAGGAGUACCGCAUGACUGUGCACACUUUCGGAACUGUAUCCUCUCCCACUGUUGCCAAUUAUGCCCUGAAAAGCACAGGAGCCAAGUCCAGAUCUAACUAUGAUGACCAGGUUGCACAAACGAUAGAACGCAAUUUCUAUGUCGACGACUGCUUGAAAUCUGUGGAGUCUGAUGAGUGUGCUAGUGACUUGAUAAAGAAUGUAAAGCUUGCAUGUGCGGAUGGUGGAUUCAACUUGACAAAGUUUACAAGCAGCAGCAAGAUUGUUCUGUCCUCCAUUCCUCAAGAACAUCGCUCCAAGGAGAUUCAAGCCGUUGACCUCAGUCGAGAUGAUAUUCCCAUGGAGAGAGCACUGGGGCUGCAGUGGGAUACCAAGCUGGAUUGCUUCAAGUACACGGUUGACUUGCCAGAGAAGCCGUUUACUAGACGAGGAAUUCUGUCCAUGGUGUCCUCCUUGUAUGACCCUCUAGGUCUCGUCGCACCGGUGCUGCUGCCUGCUAAAAGAAUCCUUCAAGACUUGUGUAAGGACAAGGAUCUAGGCUGGGAUGACAACAUCGCUCCACAGGAUAUGGUUGCUCUGCAUACAUUAGGCUUUUUUGACAUAAAUGGAAACAUCCACACAACACUUCUCCUGGGCAAAGCUCGACUGGCUCCUUUGAAAACCCUGACUAUUCCCAGAUUAGAACUGACAGCUGCUACUGUGUCUGUGAAAAUAGGACAAUUUCUCCUGCGGGAACUGGAUGUAAACAUUGACCGUGUCACCUACUACACAGAUUCAACAACUGUUCUGCAGUAUAUUCGCAGUGAAAAGAACAGAUUUCCAGUGUUCGUCGCCAACCGAGUGAAGCUUAUCAGGGACUUCAGUACACCAGAACAGUGGAAGUAUGUCGAUUCCAAAACCAACCCAGCUGACAUUGCAUCUCGAGGAUCUAGCUGCUCACAGUUCCUGAAAUCCAUUGAAUGGUUCAAUGGUCCAAAGUUCUUGAGAAUGCCUGAUUCAAAAUCAAUUUCGGAACCUCAGAAAACAAUUGAAGCUGCUGUGAUGUCAACGUUGAAUGAGACAGCGGAUUCCCCUGGAGAUGUUGUUAGUAAACUCCUCAAUUAUUACUCAUCCUGGUACAGACUGAAAAGAGCAGUCGCAAUCUAUCGCAGGUUCUUCAACUUUCUGAAAAGCAAGUCUCAAAAAGGAAAGCCCUCAGCUAACGCUCUUUUGUCACUUCAAGAACUCAUAGACUCUGAGGAGAGUAUUCUUUCCUUUGUUCAGCACAUGGAGUAUGGCUCAGAAAUCUCAAUCCUCUCUAAGAACACAGAAAUGGGUUAUCGACCCACUGUACUACCAAGAAGUAGUCCUGUCCGCAAUCUCUGCCCAUGCUUUGUGGAUGGUUUACUCAGAGUUGGAGGUCGUUUGAGCAAUGCCAACAUCAGCGACACCAUGAAGCAUCCUGUCCUAUUGCCACGUAAGUCUCCUCUAUCCGAUCUGAUUGUUCGUGAUGUACACGAGAGACUAGGUCAUGCUGGUAGAAACCAUGUCCUGUCUGCACUAAGAGAGGAAUUUUGGAUUACAAACGCUAAUUCUGCUGUCAGAAGUAUUUUGAACAAAUGUGUACUUUGUAGGAGAUUAAAGAUGUCCACCGGUCAGCAGAUUAUGUCCGAUCUCCCGACCAACAGGGUACAGCCAUCUCCACCAUUCACCUGCACUGGACUAGAUUGUUUUGGCCCUCACACCGUCAGAGAAGGACGCAAGGAAGUAAAACGGUAUGGUGUCCUGUUUACUUGCAUGGUUAGCAGAGCUGUUCACAUAGAGACUGCCAACUCCUUAAAUACAGACUCCUUUAUUAAUGCUCUUAGACGUUUUAUCGCCCGCAGAGGAGCAGUCAAAGAGAUCUCUUGUGACAACGGCACAAACUUCACUAGUGGAGCCAAGGAACUUUGUCAUGCACUUGAUGAAAUCGACCAGUCUGAAGUUCACAAUUACUUGUUGAAACUGAACAUCAUCUGGAAAUUCAACCCACCUUCAGCCAGUCAUAUGGGAGGUGUAUGGGAAAGGCUGAUACGGUCUGUCCGUGGUGUUCUCAGCCCGCUUCUCCAAGAAUACAGUCAACGCCUUGAUGAUGAGCUGUAUAGAACACUCCUGUGUGAAGUUGAGUCGAUUUUGAAUUCUAGGCCUCUGACAACAAUGUCCAGUGAUCCGUCAGAUGUAGAACCAUUGACACCCAACCAUUUGCUGAUGGUAAGAUCCAGUGCGUACAUUCCACCACCUGGAGUAUUUCAGGCAUCUGAUGUCUACGCACGCCGCCGAUGGAGACGUGUACAGUACUUGGCAGAGCUUUUCUGGAGUAGAUGGAGAAAGGAGUACCUUUUAACACUUCAGAAACGUCAGAAAUGGCAAGCUCCAAAAAGGAACUUCAAGGUAAACGAUAUUGUUCUGGUCAAGGACGAUAACCUCCCCAGGAAUGCUUGGCUCAUGGCUCGCGUUGUGGACACUGAACCCGACAGUCGUGGCUUUGUCAGAAGUGUGACCCUCAAGACAAGAGGUUCAGAUCUCCGAAGGCCAAUUCACAAACUAGUAUUGCUCGUACCUGCUGCAGAAUAA